AUGGAUAAUUUUUAUCUGCAUUGUGAUAGAAAUCACCUGCCGUCGGAUAAUUAUAGUUCUCAAUUGUUUAGAGCGUUUUCAUCCAACUUCAGACAGAUUCAUCUGGAGUUGGUUACACUUUGCAGAUUCAACAACGAUAUUUUCAGUUUUCAUUUGUUACUAUCGUUAACACUUGCUACUAUUACAAUUAUCUCUGUAUUUUACACCACAUACAUAGAGUAUAUGAAGUCAAAAGAAGUAACAAAACAUGAUCAAAUUGUCAGGACAUGUACGAGUCUUAUUUUAUUUAUAACGAAGAUUUUGACUGUUAAUUACGUUUGCGACAAGACGAGCCAUGAGGCUCGAAGAACUGGAAGCAUCAUCAACGAGUUACACGAACCUUCGACAAAUAAACAAUUUCGUACAGAGAUUCGAGAUUUCACUUUGCAACUGAUUCAGAAUCCUUUGCGAUUUUCUGCUAAAGGAUUCUUCGAUCUGAACAAUACUUUUAUUCAAAAGGUAGCUGGAAGUGUAACGACGUAUUUAAUUAUACUUAUUCAAUUACGUGACAUGACAUCCUAA